CCCACUUCCAAGAAGGAAAUCACCUCACGAACCCGUACAGUGAAUCGAAAAGGUCCUUAUGACACCUCCCACCAGCCUCAAUCUUAACCUCAAUCUCUGAUCUCUAAUCUCAAUCUUCUAAUCUCACACUCUUAACUUCCAGUCUUAAAUCUUAAAUCCUAAAUUUUAAUGACAUCAUACAACCAUAAACACGAACACGAUCAUUCACUUUGCCAUUUCCCCACCUUGCACCUUCCUUCAUCGAAUACACACACACACCUCAGGACGACACGUUCUGAUACUAAAGCACCCUUAGUACCCCGAGAAACAACCCCCCACCAAAAGAAACCACAACAUUCACAGCCCACGACCUCAGCAUUAUCAAACACACACACACACACACACACACACACACACACACACACACACACACACACACACACACACACACACACACACACACACACACACACACACACAUACAUUUCACACGCAAAGGCAAAAGGAUGCGGCAGGGAGAGUUGGUGGAAAAGGGGGGGCGCUCGGUUCAAAACCCUGCCUGCCUGCCUGCUUUUAUGUCACCCCCUUCUCCUUCUGCUUUUUGUUUGCGUGUGCGUAGAUGUACGUGGUCGGCGUGAUAUAAAUCCGAUAUGACACGGUGCGAUGUCGACAUGAUGUGACGCGACGAGGUGAUGGGCACUUGCUUGUCAGGACGUGGCGGAUUGCCUUUGGUUUACUGUUACCGUUUCAUUUUGUCUUGUUUGCUCUUUGGGUUGCCGGAUGUGCAGUGGGGGUGGUGUCUUCGUAUGGA